AUGGGAUACCUCAAUUCAUCCGUAUCAUCCGCCAUCGCGGGUCAACCCAACGGUGAGUCACCGGUGAGUGGCGGCGGUUUAAGCCAAGACUCAAAAUUCAGCUACGGAUUCGCCAGCUCACCCGGAAAGCGCUCAUCAAUGGAAGAUUUCUACGAGGCAAGAAUCGACGGCGUUGACGGCGAAACCGUCGGUCUCUUCGGCGUCUUCGACGGACAUGGCGGCGCACGGGCGGCAGAAUACGUGAAACAACACCUCUUCACCAACCUAAUCAAACACCCGAAAUUCAUCUCCGACACCAAAGCCGCCAUAGCGGAAGCCUACUCCCACACGGAUACUGAGUUUCUCAAAUCCGAAAACAACCAGAACCGUGACGCGGGGUCCACCGCGUCCACGGCCAUCCUCGUUGGCGACCGGUUACUGGUCGCCAACGUGGGCGAUUCCCGCGCGGUUAUUUCCCGCGGCGGGAAGGCGUUCGCGGUUUCUCGGGACCACAAGCCCGACCAAACCGACGAACGCCAGCGCAUCGAGGAUGCGGGGGGGUUCGUGAUGUGGGCGGGGACAUGGCGUGUGGGUGGGGUGCUCGCAGUGUCGCGGGCGUUUGGUGAUAAACUCUUAAAACAAUACGUGGUGGCGGAUCCGGAGAUUCAAGAGGAGAAAGUUGACAAUUCGCUUGAGUUUUUGAUUUUGGCGAGUGAUGGACUUUGGGAUGUUGUGACAAAUGAUGAAGCUGUGGCUAUGGUGAAACCGAUUGAGAGCCCUGAAGAGGCAGCGAAUAGGUUGAUGAUGGAGGCUUCACAGAGGGGUAGUGCUGAUAAUAUUACGAUAGUUGUGGUUCGUUUUUUGGAUAAUAAUAAUAAUCAUGGUGGGUGUUCGACUUCUGAGAGAACAUAG